UUCUUGAUGCAGGUUUUUUACUUUUUUUUUUUUUCUCUCUAAUUUCCAUGAGUAAUUGUUUUUGUUUUAGAAAUUUUCAAUUGCUUGAUCUUUGCAAGGACGAAUGUGAAAAUUGAGCUUUGGUGUUGCUGCUUGUUGUUUUGCUCUUGUUGUAUAAAUUUUAGAGUUUACAAUUCUGAUUCACAAAUUGAAAGUGUUAAAAUUGAAUAUCAGUGUAUACCAAACACAAGAAUCUUUCAUUCCCAGACAUAUUCUAUUCCUGGGAAUAGAAUUUCUGGAAUUGAAAAUUCAAUAUGCCUACUAAAUGGAUAGUAACCGUUAUUUAUGAAUGAUCUUAGGAAAGGAAUCUUUUCCUAACAACAAUGAUUCAAAGUUGAGUGUUUCAUGGCCUCCAAAACAGAAAGUGGGAACUCAGGUGGUACUGAUCAAUCAGCGCCAAAGAGUACAUACAAAGAUCCAGAUGAUGGACGGCAACGAUUUUUGCUUGAGUUGGAAUUUGUUCAAUGCCUUGCUAACCCCACCUAUAUUCACUAUUUAGCUCAAAAUCGGUAUUUUGAGGAUGAAGCUUUCAUUGGAUACUUAAAGUAUCUUCAAUAUUGGCAGCGCCCUGAGUAUAUUACAAAUGUUAGGUAUCCUCAUUGCCUCUAUUUUCUUGAGCUUCUACAGAAUGCAAAUUUUCGCAAUGCAAUGGCACACCCUAACAAUAAGGAGCUGGCACAUAGACAACAAUUCUACUUCUGGAAGAACUACAGGAACAAUCGGCUAAAGCACAUUUUGCCUAGAUCACUUCCUGAACCUACUGCCACAACUGCGCCUCCUGCAGCUUCAACUCCGGCUCAGCCACCUGUGACUGCAUUGCCACCAGUACCUGCCACAAAUGUUGCAGUGACAGGUUCAUCUUCUCAAGCCCCUUCUCCAAUGCCAUAUGGUAUGCCCCCUGGAUCUGGUCUUGCAAAAAAUGACAUGAGGAAUCCUUCAAUGGAUAGAAGGAAGCGGAAGUGAUUUUUUAGGGCAUGUAAUUCGAUUUUAAAAAGUAUAGGGAGUAUUCAUAUUGAAGUGGUUACAAUGAUAGAUCAAAGUUCUUAUGCAACCGAGUUAUUUUUAUUACUUUUGUAUUGC